CAAGACUUGAUAAAGUAGCAGCUUCCAGAUUUAUUAAACAUGCAUUAGCAUCCCAAGAUGAAGUAGAUCCAUCAAAACAUCAAAGAAAACAAGGGCCUGUCAACAAUACUACAUUUACUGUACCAGAUUUUUACAGUGAAGUAAUGGAAAUGUUAGUGUCUAUAAAUCUUGAAGAUCAAUUUGAAAAAUUUGUAAAGAAUGGUAUUAGAAAUUCAUUACUGCAAGCUGAUUUGAGUGAUUUGAAAACAUUGCUGAAAGAAUGUGGAUUUUUACCUGGUGUAAUCCUAGAAAUACAGAUGUACUUACAGAAAAAAGGCUCAAAUGUAAAGGAGGAGGAAAAUGCACAUACAGGACAGGGUGUCAGUGUCAGUAAAGUGAAAACUACAAGCAUGGUGGACACAUCUGUCAGUCAACAGUCAAGAGCUGCCAAACAUCUAGCACCAGGACUGGUCAGAGUAGCUACAAAUUUCAAGCCACAAUCAUCUGUUAAGAUCAUGGCUAAGCAAGCACCUUUGAUGAAUCAGCUGAAAGAGCAAAAUCAUUCUGUACUGACAAAGCAACAUAACACAAAGACAAAUCAAAAUAUGCAGGAGCUCCAUUUCACAGAUCCAUCAUUCAAACCAAAGACACAGUUGGAGGAACAAAGUACAGAAGAAAAUAAUGUUUUGAUGCCACAAUCUCCAAAGGCUGACAUGGAGGAUAAUUCUUUUGUUGAUCAAUUAUCACUCACCAGAAUAAAUAUCAAAAAAGAUUUUGCAAAUAGUGAACAAAUGACAUCAAGUAAGGAUCUUGUAAGUGGAAAAUCAUCCCCAAUACGAGAUAAACCUCGUAAAGAAGUUAAUUUACAGAAACAGUCUUGUGUCAGAUCAAAGAAAACGCAUGCAUUACCACAAAACCAAACUACAAAAAUAGUUGGGUCAGUAUCUCCUGUUGAGCAAACCCAUGCUGAACAAGAGGUAGUAGAUGAGAACCAUUCAAACAUAGAUGCCCAUGCACAUACACCAACAGAUUCAUCAAUUUUAACUUCCCCUCAAAUAUCACCUCACCAGACUGAAUCUUGUGUGUCAGAUGCUAUGAAGGUAAACAUUGCUUUCAGACACAAUUUCUUCAAGUACGCUGUAAAUGCUGAUAAAAGUCAAGAUGAUGCAAGUGGUGAUUUGAUAAAAGAGGUUUGUGUGGAACCCUUGAAUUGUCAGGCUGCGGAUGAUAACUGUCAAGUAGUUUAUGGCAGAGUUAAGGAUGUUGAAGAUAAAAAAAGAGCUAACCGAAAAUAUUCUACUAAUGAAGAUAGGCAUCGUACUUGUACUGUUAAAAAGUCUCACAAAACUCAAGGUAGCCCUUCCAAGAACAAGUGUCAUCUUUGCUCUAGUACAUUUCACACAACAAGACGGUGCCCUGAAUUUAAGAAGUAUGCACCAAGCUGUAAUAGAAAGGGGGUUAAAGAAAAAGAAGAAGAGGAGGAGGAAAAUGACAUCACUUCUGAAGAGGAUAUGGAAAAGAAGAAUUAUUGUUUCAAACCUGAUGCAAGUGAAAGCACAUCCAGUGGUGAUGAAAGGCUGGCAACUGCCAAUUUUGGAAUGCGAAAAUGUUGUGCUGUGUGUGGUGGGUCAGGGCAUAAUUCCUUUCACUGCCCAACAAAAAAGAGGGAUUUCUUCAUUUAGGUUACUUCAUUGUUGCUUGUUAGUAUUUUUGUUUAAUUACAUUUUUCUUAUUAACUAAAAUUUCUGUAGAAUAGCUUUUGAUUCAAGUUGAAAGAUUUUUGAUGGCAUACCCUUGGCAUCAAAUUAUUAUGGCAUUGUAUUAAUGUAUUUUGCAGAUCCAAUGGACAGAGUUGAUCUUUCACCUUUUACCUUGUUCUUACAGGGGUGAAUGGGCCAAACAUCACAUGACUCUUUAAUAAACUCUGAGAACACGAAAAGUAAACAGAAUGCUAUUCUCCCAAACUGUAUUAGUACGGUAUGUUUAGUGUUUUGAAAGGUACUUACAUUGAUACUGAUGAGUUGGCUGACAACUUCUGUUAUUCCGGGAACAUAUUAGUCAUUGUAUGAGCUCAGUUUGCUAAUAAGCAUAGAGUUUCACAGCAAGUCUCAGAAGUAUUGUGGCAGCCAAUUUGCAAACUCGCUUGGGAGUUGGCUAACUGCUUGGGUUUUGACUAAACAAUUGGCAUUCAAAUCUCGCUGGCAUCGUCUUGUGGCAACGCCCACUCUGGGCAAAUCUAUAUAACAUUAGGAGACUGUCGUAAUACUUUUAUGAGCU